CACAAAAUUUGAUACGAUUACGAUGACCAUGAGAAAGACCGUGACCGCCACCACCAUCACCACCGCUCAGACUACCGCAGACAAGAAGCAUAAGGGGAGCGUCUUCUCUCGCAUAUGUUUCCCCGAGGAAGAGGCCAAUAAGAGACGCAAGCUGUCCUCUGAACCUGCAUUUUCUUCUGCUCAUGACAAGGCAGCUUCCAAUGGUUACUACGAUGAACAUAAGUCAUCAUCCUCUGCUGUUGCUGCCAAGGCUGUUUCCACCGGUGUAAAGAAGAGCAGUAGCAGUGCGAUAGAUUAUGAGUCUAGCGACGAUGAGCGGCAUUUCAAGAGGAAGCCUUCGAGGUAUGAAUCAUUGCUUCCACCAAUGGCUGAGAGGGAAGAUGAGCCACGGCACUCAAAGGGGUCUAGAGAACGAGAACGGAGCGGCUAUAGUAAACACAGAUAGAAUGCAGAAUGCUGGCUCUGGUAGUGUAGCUGCACUGCUUGCUUCUGCUUUUUCUUUUCAUUUUUUUUUAUUCUGGCUGCUGCUGCGUUUGCAUCCUUGGUGCAGAUGAAAAAUUGUUGGCAUAUACACAAGAAACCCACUGAUUUUUU